CUUAAUAUUUAGCCAUUGUGCUAUCUGGCCUAGAGAACUUAUGCACUAACAGGGAAAUGGCAUAGAAGUUGCUGUGGCUAUUGAGUUGGACAAGCUGGAUAUGAUGUCUAAAAAGUUGCUGGUGAGAAGGCAGGGCCCUAAGAGUAAUGACACUGGUGUUGAUGCAGAGGCCCCAUCUGAUUUCUCAGAACAGAUUGCACUCUCGUCCCUCUCACCUCUUUCCCGACUGUACAUUUAUGGCUUGCAUGGCUGUCUUUGUGAGGUGGUGUUCACAGCAGCCUGGGACUUGUACUACACCCAUGACCAAAGACUAGCAGGCCAUACGAGCCUUUGGGCACUUCUUAUCUACAGCUCUGCCAUAUUCGUCAUGGAAGGUCUAAGUGCCAAGCUACAGCACAAACACUGCCCCCUCCCUGUCAGGCUGAUUGUAUACACCCUCUUUAUUUACCUAUGGGAGUUUAGCUGGGGGUUUCUGUUGGGGCUGUUCAGGGCCUGUCCAUGGGACUACUCAGAUUUCAGGUAUAACUUAAUGGGUCUGAUAACGCUUGAGUAUGCCCUUCCCUGGGCCCUGGCGGGACUUAUAGCUGAAAAACAUGUUAUCAGGAACACUUUGAAGAUACGUCUAGAUAAGUUAUGAACAUAGUUAGAUAAAAUUACUUAUUCUCUCACAGCUCAUGUACAGAGUCAUCUAUUGGACUGAACGAAUGAUUUCGUAUUUGUAUUGUGAUUGUGUUUGAUUAUAUAAGAUGUGCUAUGGUACAUGUGAUAAAGGCUGCAAUGGUAGAUGAAAACCACAUUUGUUCAGCUGGGAUGUUAAACUUAGACAAAUUACUGUGUGUUUAUAUAUAUAUAUAUAUAUAUAUAUAAUUUGCAUGUAGACUGCCACUAACACUGUAAAUAUGAAAUACUGGACACACUAUAUAUAUAAGGUUCCAUAUCACCACUAUUUAGCUUUAAAACCUGCUCUGGUACUUCUGUAUUGACACUAAAGUGAUAUCGUAAGGCUCAGAUACACUCACGGCAAAGUUCUUCUUCGUUCUUCGCUCUGUGCUAGAAAGAGGGUUGAAACAAUCUAGCAACGGUAUUCCGUUUAUGAAUAUUUGGACACCGCCGAUGUUUAGAGAAGCAUUUAAAUACUGUAUGAAACAUAUGCUAUCCUGUUAACAGACAUGUAAAACAUAAAUCAAUGUGACAUUAAAAAUCUGACUUUUAUGUGUUU